AUGCGCUCCUUCUUUGCAUAUGGAGCUUUUCCGGUUUCCAUGCCGCUCAGUGCACGCUCCGUCGCAGGAAAGUUCAUCGCGGAGAGGAGACCGCGGCUGGUGAUCCUGGAGAAUGUGAAGGGUUUGCUCGCACCGAAUCCGGAGACCGAGCACCCUCCUAUCGAUUUUAUUCUUCGAGGCCGAAAUCCUGCAGCUUGGGCCGCGAUUCUGUAUCUGCCCACCUGCCUGCUGAGCCUGCGGAUGCCAAAACCUAGCCCCAAGCUCCAAACGCUGGCCCGAAGCUUAAGUGUAAGGGGCGGGCAGCGGUCGACGAGGGGAAGUGGAAGUUCGGGGAGAUGGCUAUGUGUCACUGAGUGUGACGGCAAAGAUGCACGAGUCAUGGACGCUGCUGACAAGGAGAUGUUGAUGUUGCCGGAGACAGUGAAUGCAAAGAAGCAGUUGGUGGAGCAAGCUGAUGGCAUGGUGGCGAACAGCCCGGACCUGAACUUCGCGCUUAACACAGAUUUCCAAGCAGCAGACGGCCGGGGACCUCGCAGCGGGACAUUUGCAAACCCCAUGAUCGGGAAGUCUUUGAACUCAUGGCCGCUCAGUGUAGAGCCGCUGCCUGAUGGUUGUCAAGAACAUCCCGAAGAGGGUGCCAUCGCUUCCCGCCGCCAGCGCCGAGGGGCCAAGAGAGGAGUUUUCAAGGUUGUGGUUGAGGUCGUUGUUGGGGAGGUUGCCCUCAAGAAACACUACCUUGGAGAAAGUUCGCUGUCCUUCGUUUGGGUGCCAAAGAUGUCUCGAUGGGGUGCUGACGCAAAGCUGCGGCCACCCUUCGUCUUCAUGGCCAUGGCGUUGGAAGAAAAUCCACACUUUGCAGCCGAACGCGGAGGUUUUCUUCCAGUUCGGAUCGAGCAUGCAUUAAAGCAGGAUCAGGUGGGUGACAUCGAUGGAGCGUUGUGGGUGGCAGACGAAGAAGCGAAGAAGUGUUUUGCAGCCACAAGCGAUGGUGUCGGAAAGAAGGAGUUCAGGAUGGAACAUGCAGGCAAGUUUAUGAAGCCAGCUGAGACGGUAGGGGCAAAGGAUGAGCAAGCGGUGAGUAAAACGACAUACUUGGGACAAAUUACGUGGAUGCUCUUGAAAUUCGACGGCUACCAGAUCGAACAAGAGAACCACAUCUACCACGACAUCCACAUCCUGGCGUGUUUGAAGAUGCUGGUCCUGACCAUCAAAAACGGACUGGAAAGCCAAGAAGACUGUUAUCAGGGCACUGAGCCCAACGCUGAUUGGGGGUUGAGCCUCAUCGAAGGCUAUGGACUUCGAUGGGACAUAUUGUAUUCCUACGAUUGGGGCCUUCCACAAAGCCGGCCCCGUGUGUACAUCGUUAUGGUUAGGGAGGAUGCCGGUGGUCAGAAAGCUGCCGAGCGCAUCUUCGAUGUGCUGACAGCCUGUGCGGGUCGACUUCCGCGAGGGUCAUGCAACGAUUUCCUUUUUCCAGAGGGUCAUCCGAAGCUGGAGCUGGCAAAAUCUCGUGUCGGCAAGUGCGGAGGCGGUCCGCGCAAAGCCUGCACCAAGUUUACCGAGGCUCUGUUCAGGACAAAGCGACAAGAACUGGGCAUCCCGGCCUCGGAUCGACCUUACUCCAAGGAUCGUGCGGCCGGCUGGUUUCCACAGGGCACUGAAAAGAUGGUGCAACAGCUUGACAUCAUCUAUGCCAUUGCAGAGAAGCAGGGCUUGGACUUCAAUUUCCUGCUUGCGGAUCUCAGCCAGCAGGUUUCGCGAGGGGCUUGGAGGGAUGACGGCAACAUUCCGACACUGACGACGGGCUGUUGUUUUUACAGCUUCAGCCGGCAUCGCCCCUUCGUAGGAGAGGAGUGCCUGAGACUCAAUGGCUUCCCAUUGGACGAGAUGAACCUGGAUCACCACACGGAGAACGAACUGAUCUUCCUCGCGGGUAAUGCAAUGUCUGUGCCGGUCAUCGGAGCCGUUCUUUUUGCGGGCCUGGUGUCGUUGGACUGGGGUGAGGGCAGGCACGCCGUGUCGAGGGCCUCGUUGCCCUCCCCGCUCGAGCAGCGGCCGGACAUUCGCAAGAUUGUCGAGAACUCCGUGGUUCUUGCCAAGGUCACUCCGUCCCUGGUCGACGAUGACAACGAGGAGGCCGUGGAUGCCCUCGAAGCUUCGGAGGCAGUGCAAUUGCCAUUGCCCUGUGAAGAGCCUGGUACCUCAGAGCUGCAGGAGCUGGCGCUGUCCCGACGAGCAGCUGUGCUUCUCGCGAUGGCCAAGGAGCUUUCGCAUGAACCUGCGAAGCGUGAGAAGAUGGACAAGGCAAGCUCGGAGCCAAAGAAAGCAGGGCUGUUGGCGGCCAUCCAGGCCGUGGCCGUGGAGAGCACUAACGAGGAGGAUCAGGAGGUGGAGGGAGAUGGCACUGGCUGGAGCGAGCGCUACAGCAGGAUUGAAAGCCAGAAGGCUCCAGACCGGCAACUUUGCCGCUGGCUGCAGGAAGCUGCUCAUUUAUUGGCCUCCAUGGAGCGGGAAGAGCGCAGCGAUUCAGCCAAGCAUCUUCAACUGUUCGUGGUGAAGUCCUUGCAGGUCUUCAGCGACGCGAGGGACUCUGACCUGACUAACCUGGCCGGUGAAGGACUUUCCCAAGCCGUGGAGCAGCUCUGGAGCAAACUGCGAUUCUCCGAGGCCAAGGCUCUGAGAGGACGGCUGCUGACGGCCGACCUGCUGUCGAAGCUUUCCACCAGCUCCCUUGACGGCUUUGAUUCGGAAACGUGGCUGAACAAGGCUGCAUCGCUCGAGGGUGUUGAGCUUUCAUCGCAGAGGGCGAGGCUUCUUCAGGGGCUUUCUAGCAGCCGACGCCGAUCGGCUAGGCUGCUAGCAGCGCUUCUGCGGAGAUGGAACCACGAAAGCGUGGGGGAUCAGGAACUUCUGUGGACUCAGAAGGCCGUGGAGUCCUUGCAAAAGGCGUGGACCUCGGCAGAUUGUCCGGAAGCAUGGGUCAGCUUCGCCAACGUCGGCAGGAUUAGCAAGAGCUGCCUGGAGAUUGCUAAGAAGUGUGAGAACCAGAAUCGGCCGAAGUCCUCGCAGAGCUUCCGUGAAAUCGCGCACAAGCUACAGACUGAAGUCUUCGCCUGGCGCCUGGGGCACGCCCUGGCAUCUGCGACGCCAAAGGAUUUCAGCCAAUACGAUGCAUUGCAGCUGGAAUCGGAGCAGAUGACGAGCGAGGAAGCCGGCUUGGUGAUUCUUCGCCAGAGUGUUGCAUGGAAGUUGCUGCAGCACCUGAAGCUCCAGGGCCCCAAGUCGCCGAAGGCCGAGGCGUCAAGUCGGAGUCUUAUGCACCACGCAGAUCCUGUGCGGGUGGAACGCUUCCACGCAUCGGAGCAGAACCUCCACGAUUGCUUGAAGACGAGGUUGAGCUCGCACCUCGAAGUGAAGCUCGGCAACUGGUCGCUUCCGUCGCUUCCACAGCGUCAGUGGGAGCAGGAGCUUCAGACCCGGAUUUCGGAGUCGAGCAACCAGCUCAACAUCCUCAUGAAAGGUCUGGCGCAUCUCACCGUUGCGGGCCACUUCGGCAGCAAAGUGCUGCCCGGGCAGGGCUACAUGGGUGAAAUCAAAACCAUCUGCAUCGAAGCCCAGGAGUCGCAAUUGCAGGCCCAGCAGGUGCACAGCACGAUCCAAGAAAGAUGUGCCAGAUUGCUUCUUUUCAGGCAGCUCGCGCUAGCCAACAAUGGCAGGGGUCUGCUGGAGAACCGGGAAGUGGUCAGCACGUUCAUUGGAAUUCUGGAUCAGCCGACGGCAGUUUCAUUAUGGCCGGACUUGCACAAGAGCUUGGAGAAGACCAAAAGUCCUGAGUGGAGCAAGGUCUACGACGCUGCAGUGACCGCUUUCCAGGGCCACAUUCCGCUGGAGCCGGGCUGGUCGCAAUCCUACUCCCGAGCCGGACUCCGCUUCUUUCAAUUCGGAGAGGGCCGCGAGAUCCAGACGAACUGGGCCUGGCCAUUGGGGACGCACGCGGACGCUCACUGGAGCGCCCCGGCGCCAACGACGCCGCCCAAUGCCAAGCCCGACCCCGAGGAGCGAAACGAUGGAAGCCAGGAGAUUGGAUUCAUGACCCCACCACAGCAUGGCGAGCCAACAACCCCGAGCAGCAGCGAGAGGCGACUGCAGGCUGGCGCGAAGGAGUGGCCUUCGCCGCCAGCACCGGCGAAGCCCGUCAGGUUUGUUUCCAGCAAGCCCAUCCCCGCCGUCGUCGAUGCGAAGAUGCUCAUGAAUCCGCCCAAACCCAGUGCAAGGCCCAACCUCCUUCGAGUGCCUGAGACACCCCGGGUGGGUACCGUGCCGCAGACGCCGCAGCCGCCGCAGACAGGUCUUGUGCCGCAGACACCGCGACCGGACCCUUUUCCGGAGCGGUCCCUAGCUUCGGCGCAGAUGAAAGCAGGACCGGAAGGUCGAAAGCUUGCACUCCAGACGCAACGUCCUGCGGAGCCUGCCGGUGAACCCCCCAAGCGGCACAAGGGGAUCAACCCUCCACCACUGCCUGCAAACAGGCCAAGGAUGGUACCGACCCCGCCACCAAUACCCGUGGUACAGCCAGCCGCUUCUGUGGUGCCAAAGCGAAGCGCAGCUUACGGACUGCACGAGCCCCCGCAAGGGCCCGUCUCCAGUGUGGAGCCACGCCUAACCCCGAAGGAGCCUCCGCUACCUCCUCCCGCCCAUCUGAUGCGUGCCAGGCCGCCACAGCACCAGAUGGACGAACAGCAGUUGCAAGAGCGGCAACUGCAACAGCAACGCCUCAGAGAGGAGCAACUGCAGCAGCAACAUUUGCAGCCGAAGUGGGGACCAGCCCGGAAGUCGGACGAGCCGAAGUUAGAGCCCGACGUGUGGAUUCGGCGCGCCCAGCUCUUGGGCGCUGUCCUGGGCCUUGUGCCUGACACUGGGCUGCGCGCUCUGUUUGAAGCGCGCUUGACCGAGUGGGCCAGACGAAAGGCCAAGCCGAGUCGUAGCAAGAUGACAAGCGCGGCCGAGUUGUGCCAGGAGCUGACGACGAAGCUCCUGCAAUCCGAAGGCCGCAGCGAAGAGGAGUCCCUGGGCUCCGAAAGAAUUAGAAGAGGCAACAGGUGCGACAGGCAGAGCGGUGGCGCCGGUGUUGUUUCCCUGGCCAGGUCUGUAAACUAUCUUCUUGAUGUGGAGGGCACCCAGGCUUUCCCGUUCGAGGUGCGAGACCCCUCGCUGUGCUGGUUCCCUGUGGGUUGCGGAUUUGUCCCGCUACAGCGCAUUACGAUGCGAAGAGGAGAACCAUUGGUGCGUGCUUGCCGGCUGGCUUGCGGCCUUCACCUUGCAGCACUCCUUCUGGUCAAGGUCUUUCAGCUGCCAGGCAAAGCGCAGCGCAAGCGUCUUGGGAGCCCAGCUCCGGUCCAGGUGGCCGAGGCGAUUGGAGCCAUUGCGCAGUUGCACGCGCAGCUUCUGGAAGAGCGCCGUGAGGCCUUGCCAGAUCUUUUCCGGCCCCUGGACGCUGAAGCAGUGGCUUCCGCUGCUUUGUGGCCAACGGUCAGAGAACACUGCUCUGCUGCUGUUCGCCUGGCGCUCCUGGAAUCCUUGCUGGAGGCGGGAGACAUGCGCCCUUGCACCAGGGCAUAA